AUGUGGAAUAAAUUUUUGUUCAUUUUUGUGCUUCAGUUAAUCUUUGGUACUGCUGAAGCUUUCAAUCAUCUUGAGCCUUCUGAACAUUCUUUACCAAUAACUCAACCUCUAAUAAAAUUAGUUUCCGAUGUCAUGGAAAUUCAUCAACGAUAUCGCGGAUUAAACAUUUUUUAUUUUGAUCCAAAAUCAUCAAAAGAUGACGUUGAAAUUUAUCUUCGCAAUAUUUUGUGUAAUUUUCAUGGAAAAUUUGUCGUUCAAUUGGAAGAUUAUUCAAAACCAAUUCUCCCAAAAGAAUAUGACAAACUUGGAAGGAAAUUCAACAUUGUAUUUGUUCAAUCGAUUGUCACGAUCAACGCAUUUGCUAAAACACUUCGACAUUGGAAUUAUGAUUCCAGCAGUUUCUUUCUCAUUGUGUUUCUGAAACCUUUUGGAUAUGAGACAUUUGGAGGGAUGAGCACAUUAUCGAAACAUUUCUGGGGUGUUAAUAUUGUUAAUGUUGAAUAUAUGAUCAAUUAUGAUAAACUUGGUGUGGUAGAAACCUCCACGAUUUUCCCAUUCAUGAAAUUGGCACGUUCAGCAGAUUGUAAAUCUGAAUUCGGAUUGACUGGUCGAUAUGACAUCAGCGUUGAUAAAUGGAUUGUCAAAAAUUACUUUCAACAUAAAAACUUUCACAUGAAAGGAUGUCCAUUGAAUGUGGCAACUUUCAGUUAUGAACCAUUUAUGAUAAUAAAGAAAGAUGGAAAUGACGAACUGACUUUAGAUGGAAUUGAAGGAACUCUUUUAAAUGUUUUGUCUGAGAAAAUGAAUUUCACGCCUAAAAUAACAUUGGUGGAGGAAAAGCGGGGAUUUCUUUACGAUAAUGGAUCAGCAUCAGGUGCUAUGGAAAUUGUGAUGUCCAAUAAAGUAGAUUUAACUCUUGGCUUCUUCGUUUAUCAUCCCAAAAGAGAAAAGUUUAUGACUUCAAGUAAAAUUUACUACACUUCCAAAGCAAUUUGGGCUGUUCCUCCUGGAGAUUCUUUUACACCUUUUGAGAAGCUUACAAAACCGUUUCAAUCAGCAGUGUGGAUUUGUUUUUUAAUUAUUUUUAUUUUGGCUCUUUUGAUCAUUGAAAUUAUUAAUUUUUGUCCCAAAAGGAUUCAAGAUUUUAUGUUUGGGAAAAACAUUAAAACUCCGAAAUUAAAUGUUGUGAAGAUCAUUUUGGGUGGAGGUUUAAGCAAACUUCCCACUCGAAAUUUUGCAAGAACAAUUUUAAUUAUGUUCAUUUUUUAUUGUUUUAUUAUGAGUAACUCAUACACGGGAGGUUUAUUUUAUUUUUUGCAAGGUGAUUUGAGAAAUCAUCAUAUGAGUUCCACUCAAGAACUUCUUAAAAAUGACUUUAAAUUUUAUGCAAUGUCUCAUGUAAAAACUCUGUUAAAUGAUACUCCAACUAUCCUUGGUCGAACAACUUUUAUAGAUGAUGAGGAAGUUUAUGAUCGAAUGAUUAAUAAUUUAACAGAUUCAAAAUUUAAAGGAGCCGUGAUGAUUCCAGAAGAAAAUUUGGCCUACAGAAACAUUCGUGCUUCACCAAAUAAAUAUUUCAAUCGGGCUAAUGAUGACAUUUUGCUGUACAAUAUUGUUAUCUAUAUGAACAAAUUUUCUAUGUAUCAAGCUUCGAUCGAUCGCGUACUUCAAAAUUUGAUAAGUGGCGGAUUUAUAAAUAUGUGGGUGAAAAAGUUUACAGACGUGGAGUAUUUGAAAAACAGACACGAAUCAAGAGAAUUAGCCCUCAAUUUUGAUCAAAUGCAAGGAGUUUUUCAGUUGCUCAUUAUUGGUCUUUUCAUUAGUUUUAUUGUUUUGAUGUUGGAAAUUUUCAUUGCUAAAUUAAAACGGAGAAGAAAUAAUGUGAAUUAA